UUAAGCAAAAUUUUGGUUGAGUGAAAAUGAGAAGCUUACAAAUAUGUUAUCUGGUAAAAAUGACAAGUAAGGACAAAAAUGCCAUAUACCAGUUCUUGUGCUAGUUUAAAUUUUGAAAUGUGCCACACAAUUGCUUUGUUCCCAGGUCCCUAUUGUGGAAGUAUGACCAUGCCCUUAGAACUCCGGCUGAACACAAGCGAAGUGACUGUUCGAUUUGAGAGUGGAUCCCACAUUUCUGGGCGGGGUUUUUUGCUGACCUAUGCCAGCAGCGACCACCCAGAUUUAAUAACAUGUUUGGAACGAGCCAACCAUUAUUUGAAGACAGAAUACAGCAAAUUCUGCCCAGCUGGUUGUAGAGACAUAGCAGGAGACAUUUCUGGCAAUGUGGUGGAUGGCUAUAGAGAUAUUGAUACAAGAUAUUCAUAUGACUUAUAUAUUGAUUUAUAUUACCUCAGCCUGAACAUCUACUAG